AUGGCUCAGCCCACGCGCCGUGUCUCUUCCUACCAUCGGGACAACUUUGAUGCUGACUGGACGUUCAUUGAAAACGGCAUUGAUCUGUACAUGUCUUCUUCCGUGAACGAUGCCAAGAAAAUCAGGGCCAGCUGCCGUUGGUUAACAAUGUAUACUGUGGUGUACGAACUCUGCCAUGCUAUGCCCCAUCCUAGAGGAGAAAUGAUUUACGGCAACCUCAGCCAAUUGUUCACUACCUACGUCGAAACCCUCACUGCGGUGUAUAUCACGCGAGAAAAGAAGAGGAUGUAUCAUACCUCUACUCAUGUGAGCGGGGCUAUCCUACGAUCAAUCGCCCGCGAGAGAAAUGGCGAACUCGAUGAUUGGGGCCCUCAGAAACAGAUUGUGGCCUUGGUCUUGUCCGACGAUGUGCAAGAUGCAGCGGCCAAAACCGAUUCCUAG